AUGGACCCCCGAGACCAGACGUUCAUGACCAUCCACAACCUUACCCCCGAUGCCAACAUCCUCUUCGCCUCCGACUCCAUCUUCGACAUCCUAGGCUACCAGCCGGACGAGGUCCGGGGCAAGUCUGCCUUUGAGUAUUUCCACCCCGAGGAGGUCCCAUUUGCUCGUUCCAUCCACAGCCGAGGCGUCCUGCUAGACAAGGCGGCCGUCUUGCACUAUGCACGCAUCGUUGCGAAGAACGGCCAGUGGAUGAGCUGUGAAUGUUGUUUUACCGUUGUUCACAAUGUCUUGGUCGCUUCGACAAGGCGAGCGAGGGACGCACCUCAAAUCAGGCGGAUAUUUUCUAGCUCACCGAGAGACCCCCGAUACCACACGCUUGAGCACCUAUCGCCCCAAAAUUUAAGAUGCCUCCCGAUGGAGCGGGAACCGCGGGCUGCCCUCAUCCUUAACCGCUUUACUAGAAACCUAACCAUCAUGUACGCGACGGACGCCGUUGCUCAAAUACUAGGGAUACGCUCGGAUGAGCUUCUCGAGAAACCCUUCUACGAGUGCAUUCAGCCGAAUUGUCUCGACGAGGCCGAAAAGUGCUUGGAGAGCGCCAAAGCAAACGAGUCGAUCGCCUACCUCCGAUUCUGGUACAAGGACCCGCGAAUCGACCCUAACGACCCAGCCAAUGAAGAGGAUGUUGAUGAAAUGGAGGACGGAGCCGACGACAGGAGUAGCUCCAACGCGAGCGAGGUUGACGUUAAGGACCUAGGCCUGAGGAACAGGAACAGUUGCAUGGACAUCGACGAGGGGUCAAAUUUCCGGACACGGGGUGGGGAUGACGAUGCUAUGAGCGAUGCCCAUGGGCCAAGGUCUCGUCGACAAUCACCCCAGACAUUUGAGUUAGAGGCCGUCGUCUCGUGCACAUCAGAUGGACUUGUCGUAGUCCUGCGGAGAGCGCGGCCUCCCAUUCCCGACCCACAACCCCCAGUGACACCGGCCGCCUUGAACUUUGAGAACGGCCUCUUCGCGGCACCGUGGGGCCAGCAUCCCAUCGAGCCCUAUAUCUCCCCGGACCUGCUCUACACAUUCCGCCCGCCGCUCCUACCACAAUACAUGCCGCUACGAGAAUGCGUCAAGGCAGCCGGCGGGCCACCACUUGAUCAACUCAUGCGCUCCAUACGUGACGUGGCCGUCUUCGCAUGGGCCGUAACCGGCAUCAACCCAAGCCUCGCAGAAAACUACGGCCAGGGCGGCCGGCCCAGGAUAAACAGCGGCGGCGGCCAAUCCCCCAUCGACGGUCUCCCCACAUGGGAAUCCGAUUCCCGCCCAACCACCUACCCCCCGCCGGGGGACUUGUCCGCCGACCGGAACGAGUCGCCCAAAGAACCCUCCACCUUUAACCGCGGCCGCGGCAGCCGCAGCGGAAGCGGCCUGUACGCAUCUGACCCCUCCUCCAUCCACGGCUACCGCACCCGCCACGCCUCGCUCGACGAGAACAUGUACGACACCGGCAGCAGCAGUCCGGCAAGCCGGGUGGGCCACGUCCCCGUACUCCUACAGUGGCGACGGCAGCGGCGCGAGGAGCGAUGCCGGGAGCGCGCGGGGUUAUGA